UUGUUGAUAAGCGAUAACGUAACGUAAUGUAAACAUAAGCCAAGCUUUUUUGAGAAUUCACUCAGUAUAAAUAAGUCCAGCAAUACGGACUAUUCUGAAUAAACUUCAAUCACACGAAUAAAUUUGAAGAGAUGAAAUUCACUGAAAAGCAAUCCGUUUCAAUUUUGGACCCCUCCGAUAUUUACCGCCCUGACAUCGAUUUUUCGGCCGCCUCAUUUGCGGACAAAGAUGUAAAGGAAUUUCGAGACUAUACUCUAACCGAAAAUGACCCUCUAAAGGAACGUGUUUUUCAAACAUAUAAGGCAAUGCACACCCAUCAAACCGUUGAUUUUGUUAAAGGUCGCCAUGACGUAUGGCUUAAAUUUAACCAUUUUAAGGCGACCAUAAGAGAAGCCUUAGAAAAACUUAAUGAAUUGGUGGACGAGAGUGAUCCUGACAUCGAUCUUCCGAAUAUCAUCCACGCUUUUCAAGCUGCUGAAAGAGCACGAGCCGAAUACCCCGAACUUGACUGGCUCCAUUUCACUGCACUUAUACAUGACUUGGGCAAAGUAAUGGCUUUCUAUGGUGAACCACAGUUUGCAGUCGUUGGUGACACCUUUCCGGUGGGAUGUGCAUGGUCCGAAAAUAUUGUAUACCGGAAGGAAACUUUUGGUGAUAAUCCAGACGGCCAAAACCCUGCCUUUAAUACGAAACUGGGCAUGUAUAAAGAAAUGUGUGGCAUUGAGAAUGUUGUUAUGUCAUGGGGACAUGAUGAAUACCUUUAUCGAGUCUUACAACAUAACAAAUCAACGUUGCCAAUUGAGGCAUUGCAAAUAAUUCGUUACCAUUCAUUCUACCCAUGGCAUACGGCAGGUGAUUACAAGCAUUUCGAAAUCAAAAGUGAUGAAAACAUAAAGAAAUGGGUCAAUAUUUUCAACCGUUAUGACCUAUACACAAAGUCAUCAACAGUGCCGGAUAUUGAUGAACUCUGGCCCUAUUAUCAAUCGUUGAUUGAUAAAUAUUGUCCAGGCCAACUGGAAUUUUAAAUUUUUCAACUUGCAACUGGAGCAAGCUACGCAAUUUUAUUGUAAAAGAUCAUUUUAAUAGUAAGGAAACUAUUUUCCACUAUCAAUUGUCAACCGUUCGAAUCAGUUUUUUUAUGUUUUGUAAAGUUCAAUGUGAAUAACAAAUCAAUUUUUAAAAAAAAAAGUACAUCUAAAUGUCUAUCGUUCGGUGUUGAUUAACUGUUUUUUUUGCUGACGUAUGAACAUAAAUAAAAACAACAAAAUAAGAAAA